UGUUGUUGUUUUUGAAAGAAAGUGCCUUGUCAACAAAAAGAAGCGUAAAAUGCUUCAAUUUUUGAAAUAUAUAUUUAAAUUACAAUUCUUGGUCAUAUUAUUGGCCAUUGUGGCUGGAAUAUAUUACCCACAAAUACUCGAAAGACUACAAACGAACUUUCUGGGCCAGAAAGUGGAUGUGACCUUUGAAAGUUCUCAGCAGCAUGCCCCCAUAGAGGUUUUGUUUACCAAGGAAGAACUCGCAAAGUUCAAUGGUGAAAAUGGAACACCAUUAUAUUUGGCCCUUCUUGGGCGUGUUUAUGACGUGACCAGAGGAGCCAAGCAUUAUGGUUCUGGCUGUGAGUAUAACUUCUUUGUGGGUCGCGAUGCAUCGGUGUCCUUUAUAACCGGUGAAUUUGAUACCUAUGACGAGGAGAAAGCUGAUGAUGUUUUAAGUCUGAAGCCAGCAGAAUUGCUGGGUUUGCACAAUUGGCAAAAUUUCUAUGAAAAAGACUACGAAUUUAAGGGGAAACUCAUUGGAAGAUUCUACGACGAACAAGGUCAACUCACCAAAUAUCAUCACAAAUAUCUGGCCCUACUAGAACAUGCCAAAGAGGCCAAAUCGGUUCAGGAACAGCUCAGAGUGAAGUAUCCAGAUUGUAAUAUUGAAUGGUCAGCAGAUAAGGGCUCCCAUGUAUGGUGCACCAAAAACAGUGGCGGAAAGGAGCGAAACUGGAUUGGUUAUCCCCGCAAGCUGUUUGAAGUUGGUAGUAACAAUUUUCGGUGUGCUUGUAUUCGCAAAGAAGAUUUGGAGACUACUGAGGUGAUGCUUAAACCAUACGAUGAUUGUGAUCCUUAUGCUCAAGAAUGUUAUUAUAACGUCGAUUAGUAAUGCAAAAACACUUGGUAACAAGUUUGGUACGCUACUCAAAGUGGGCAAUAUUAUUAAAAUUUAUAUUUAUCUGUUUUCGUUGUUGUUGGGUAUAUUAAAAAUUGGCUACUAGUUUAA